AUGAGGCGAAUAUUUGGCACAACAUACACUGACAAAGCCCUACAAGAUGUGCGAAAUCGUGGUUUUUCCCCCGCAAAUGGUGGGCGGGGCAAAAACGUCGACCAGGUUGUCAUUGUCAUUACGGACGGUGUAUCCAUAAUACCGACGGCUACCAAAUCUGCCGCUCAGGCACUACGGGCGAUGAACGUGGAAAUAUAUGCCGUCGGAAUUGGUGCAACAGAUAUCACAGAACUUUAUAAUAUUGGUAGUGGCAGCGAUCAUGUGUACACGAUUCCUGAUUUCAGAACACUAUCGCAGAUUGAAAAUCGUCUGUUCAAAGAAGUGUGUCGUAACAAGACUAUAGAUGGCAGCGGAGGAGUAACCCCGAAAGAUGGCGGAGUCACAAAGAAAGGCGGCGGAGCCACCCCGAAAGACGGAGGAGUCACAAAGAAAGGCGGCGGAGCCACCCCGAAAGAUGGAGGAGCCACCCCGAAAGACGGAGGAGUCACUCCAAAAGGUGGAAAUACAACGCCACCUCCUAUUCGUAAGUUGCAAAGCUUUUUUUAA